UUAAUUAUUUGUUCAUUCUUCUGAAUAAUAAAACAAUUUUGUAGUACUUAAUAUUAAAUGUGUAAAAUAUUAAUUUAGGUACUUAUAACAAAAUCAUGAACAAUUGUCCAAUGCGUAUGUAUUUUGUCAUUAUUAUGGAGUUUUUGGAACGAUUUUCUUUUUCGAGCCUGCGAUCCGCACUAUCAUUUUAUAUACGAGAUGUUUUGUUGUACAAUGAAAGACAAGCAGUUGACAUUUAUCAUGUAUUUAUGAUGCUUUGUUAUCUGUCAGCCAUAAUCGGAGGGUUAGUGGGAAACAGUGAUUAUGGUAAGUAUAAAACUAUCUUAACAUUUUCAAUACUGUAUUGGAUUGGAAUAUUGAUGUUAUUUUGGUCAACUGUUCAAAUCAAAAAUACAUUAUUAACUAAUUUCAUGGCACUAUACAGUCUGGUUUUUAUUUCAAUUGGUGUGGGUGCUAUAAAAUGUUGUAUCGCAGCAUUUGGAGUAGAUCAGCUCAUCGGAAAUAAUCAAAACGUAACCUCAACACAAGUACACGGAUUCUUCAGUACUUUCUACUUUUCUAUACACUUAGGCGUGUUAUUCGGAAUGAUUACUUCACCAAUCAUCAACAAAAUUUUGUUGUACAAGGGCCACAAUAUCAACGGAUAUAUUAUCAGAUUUGGACUGGUGGUUAUCACAAUGUCAAUCUCAAUAAGCGUAUUUGUUUGCGGAAAUCCAUACUACUUCUUCAAAAAAUCUCUCACUAAUAUUUUACCUAAAAUGAUUAAAUGUAUUUUAUUUUCUUUGUGGAAACGAUUAACAUCACGCUGCAAGGAGACAAAAAAUAAACAUUGGUUAGAAUCAGCAAAAGAUUCAUUUUCAAACGAAACCAUAAAUGACACGAAGAAAACGUUACACAUACUCUAUCUUUACAUACCUUUAUCAGUAUUUUGGAGCUUGUUUGACCAACAACACACAACUUGGAUUUUUCAAGCAUCAAGGACAAGCGACAAUUUGCUUGGCAUGCCAUUUUCAGUGUACAUGCUACAAGUGGUAAAUCCCCUACUGGUAUUGUUCACUAUUCCGUUAAUGGACCGUCUAGUUUACCCUUAUUUGAAAAGUCAUAAACUAUUUAAGUAUCCUCUAAAACGAAUGUUGCUCGGUGGUGGUAUAGCUGGUAUAGCAUUCAUUUUUGCUGGAUGCCUCGAAAAAUGUUUAGAGGAGAAUAUGCAAGAUGUAAGUAUACAUAAUGCAAGUACAUACACAAAAGCGCGUUCAGCGAAUAUAUGGAUAUCAAAUUUAGGCUUACAAAAAUUUAACGCAACUGGAUAUUUUAUUUUUGAUCAUAAUAUUAUAACUCCAGAAUAUAUGAAAAUUCGAAUACCGAAAAGAAAAAACCAAACAUAUUUUAUAAAUGACAAAGGAAUAAUUAAAAAGUCAAUUGUAUUAUUAGUAAUGGAAAAUAGUUUAUUUAAAGAAGAUAACACUACAUUUAAGUCACCUUCAGCAGUGCUCGUGCCAGAAAAUGUGUUCAUGACUUCAGCAAAAAAACAUCCAUACAUAAUACAUAUAAUAGUCCCAUCAAAUGAAAAUAGAAGAUUAUGGUUACGGAUCAAAAAUCUUACACUCGAGUCUAUGUCUAAUAAUAAGAUAAAAAUUUUCGAGGAAUCAUUUUGCGUUUCUCAAUUUCAAAAUAAUACAAUUUUGAAAAUUCCUUCGGGUUUGUAUACACUGACGAUACAUUAUAUGGAUAAAAAACAGACACCGAUUUCAAUGAACGUGUUAAAACUUGAAACCGAAUCUAUUUACAUAUAUAGAAAUGAAUAUGAUAAUAAUUUAAUAAAUUCUAGGUUCAAAUCGAAUGAAAUUUUGCAGAAUCGUGUUUUAAGUAAAGUGUGGUUAUUACCUCAAUUCGUUUGUAUGACAUUUGGUGAAACAUUGUUUGCUAUGACUGGAUUAUCGUUUUCCUUUUCAGAAACUCCUGAAUCGAUGAAAACCGUUUCAAUAUCUAUGUGGUAUUUUUGCGUGGCUCUUGGGAAUUUAACUGUUAUUUGUAUCAACAAAUUUAUAGCGUUUGAAAAAAAAUCCAACAUGUUUUUCAUGUUUGCUUUCAUUGCGCUUUUGACAAUAAUCAUCACCAUCAAGUUAAGUAACACGUACGAAAAAUUGUAUUUCAAAACAGAAAUGGAAAAUGAAUACGAAAAAGAUAACGUUAAUUUAGUGAUAAAGAAAAGUUAUCAACUAUUGUUUUGAAAACGAAGAAAUUGUAUUUAAAACAAUUAUCAGAAAAUAAUAUUAAAUUAAAAUUAAAAUGUUAUAAAUUAUACAUAUACAUAUGUGUAUGUUUUGUUUAAAAUCAAAUUCUUCAAAACAGAAAUAACAACAAAAAGAUCUUGAACGCGUUUAAAAUUUAAAUAGUGUUAAAAUUAUGUGAAAUGUUUUUUUGUAUAAUAAUUUGAAUUUCAAAUAAUGUACGGUGGUAAUA